AGUCAGACAUCAUACACUGAGACUGAGAACGGCCAUGAAACGGUAAACACUGGAUUAACACUGGUGUCGAUUAUGACACUGUGAUAUAUCAUGUUAGCUAAUAUCUUAAUCAUAUCAGCGUUGAUGUUGUUUAAAAAAUCUCAAGAUAUGAUGACAGACUGUCACAGCCGGUGUGCUGGUACACAGCCUGAUCAGACAGCAUGGGGUUAAAGCUCACUGGCAAGGGACAACAGAGCCACAGGCUGGUGAUCUUUGCAGCCAUCUUCGUCCUGAUGACACUCCUCAUCCUGUAUGGCUCCAACAAUGUCAACGAUACUAUUUAUGCUCCCUUUCAUGUGGCUACACAUUAUGCUUUCAAGGCCACAGAUCUGAAGAAGUGGUCCGGGAAAGACGGUUAUGUGCCAUUUCAUGGGAACAAGAGUAUGAACCUACGCUGUCAUAAUUGUGCGCUGGUGACGAGUUCCAGCCAUGUCCUGGGUAGUCGAGCAGGGGAAGAGAUCGACCGCACGGAGUGCGUGAUUCGUAUGAACGACGCGCCCACGUUGGGGUACGAGACCGACGUAGGGAACCAGACCUCUCUGAGGGUCGUAGCCCACUCCAGUGUGUUCAGGGUGGUCCGGAGGCCUAAAGAGUUGCUACAGAGGCCAGACAGCAGCCCUGUGAUCAUCUUCUGGGGACCCCCAAGCAAGAUUGGGAAGGAGGCCAAAGGAACCUUGUACAGGUUGCUCCAGAGAGUCAGCAUGACCUACAGCAACUUGUCUUGUUUCAGUAUUACAGCCAACAAGAUGCGCCGAUUUGACAGUCUGUUUCACAGGGAGACGGGGCGAGAUAGACAAAAAUCUCACUCAUGGUUGAGCACAGGCUGGUUCACCAUGGUCAUAGCCAUUGAGAUAUGUGAUAAUAUCAAAGUAUAUGGGAUGGUUCCACCCAAUCACUGUGGAAAAUCCAAACCUGGAUCCAAGAAGAUUCCCUACCACUACUACAAGCCCAGGGGGCCUGAUGAAUGUGUAACAUAUCUACAGAAUGAGGGCGGCAGAAGAGGGGGCCACCAUCGCUUUAUCACAGAAAAACAAGUGUUUGCACGCUGGGCAAAGCAGUACAAUAUCACCUUCGCUCAUCCUACAUGGUUGUAGUCUUUUGUGAAAACCACUAAGAGAUCUAUCCGCACUGAAUGGGAAUGAGCGCUAUGGGCCGACUUCCCCAAAUGAGCCUUCAAAAAGCCACGUGAUGAGUAACCGCUAUUUUCAGGAAUCUCUGCAAGGAUGAAAAAUCUUUUGGACCAAACUAUUAUUGGACCAAAUGACUGAGGAGAAGAGUGCAGGAGCUCAGUUUGGAAGGGGAAAUACUGUAUUGUGUAUAUUCCACAGAGACAUGUGGUGGCCAUUAAAACGGAUGUUUUUUUUGUAAAUAGAAGGAAAUGAAUUUAAAGAUGAAUUUUUACAUGUUUAUAUUUUUGUUAUUACGUAUUGAAAAUGCACUUGUGUUUCCAGUGUUGAGGGGGGAUUAUAUCAGCAGGCAAGUGGCCUAAACACACUAUAUUAGCUCUCAAUUAGCCAUCUGUCAUACAGAGUUAUUUACUUAUAUACUCUACAGUAAUAGCAGUCAGAUUCAGCAGAUCACUAAUUCAAUCUACAUGUACAUUGGAGCCCUCUGACGCAGUAUGUGAGCAAUGUGGCUGGGUACAGUACCAGUUCCUGAACUGAUACCAAAUCCAUCAUUACCUUAGCUUGAAUAAUAUAAACAUUUCUACAUACCUUUUGAUUGGAAAAAAAAAACUAAAUAAGUCUUAAAUUGGCAAAGAUGGGAUUUAAAUAAGGAAAUAUCUGAAUCAUAGAUAAAGACAACUGCCGGCUUAUAAGUUAAGGCUUUAUUGAUCUCUAGAAGGCAAACUGGUGGUUCUACAGAUACCUUUUAGUGAUUCAACAGGGACAAACAAUUCCUCUACGUUAACCUAACACAUAAGACAAUCAGAUGGCUGAAAUUCUGCAGCACUAUAUUUAUUCUAGAUAAUUGCCACAUUAUACAGAAUACUAUUUCAACUCUAACAAUUUGUUACACCCUCAAUUUGAAGGUAUUAGUCGUUCAUUGUAACAUGUUUGCUGUACUAGAUGUUGAUUUGAAUGUUUUCAUGAAAAUCAGACUUUAAACAAAACUGUUGCCUCGUGAACUUAAAACCGUUUUACCUCAGUGGCAUUCCAGCGCAUGCAUCUUAAGUUCAAAUAGUUCACAAAAUGCAUUAUGGUCGUGUUAUGUAUCAGUAUGUUGCUCUUAGGACUGCACGAUUCAAUUAAAAUUGAAAUUGUAACUUUAAAACUAAA